GCUGAGGCCGGGGCCAUGUCGACGCUGGCCCCCCUGCGCCUGCUGCGCGAGCCCUGGAACGCCAGUGAGGGCAACCAGAGCAACGCCACAGCUGGGGCCGGCGGCGCCUGGUGCCAGGGGCUGGACAUCCCCAAUGAGCUCUUCCUGACACUGGGGCUGGUGAGCCUGGUGGAGAACCUGCUGGUGGUAGCCGCCAUCCUCAAGAACAGGAAUCUGCACUCUCCCAUGUACUACUUCAUCUGCUGCCUGGCUGUCUCCGACAUGCUGGUGAGCGUCAGCAACCUGGCCGAGACGCUCUUCAUGCUGCUGAUGGAGCACGGCGUGCUGGUGAUCCGCGCCAGCAUCGUCCGCCACAUGGACAACGUCAUCGACAUGCUCAUCUGCAGCUCCGUCGUGUCCUCCCUCUCCUUCCUGGGGGUCAUCGCUGUGGACCGCUACAUCACCAUCUUCUACGCGCUGCGCUACCACAGCAUCAUGACACUGCAGCGCGCCGUGGUCACCAUGGCCAGCGUCUGGCUGACCAGCACCGUCUCCAGCACCGUCUUCAUCACCUACUACCGCAACAACGCCAUCCUGCUCUGCCUCAUCGGCUUCUUCCUCUUCAUGCUGGUCCUCAUGCUGGUGCUCUACAUUCACAUGUUCGCGCUGGCUCGCCAUCAUGUGCGCAACAUCUCCAGCCAGCAGAAGCAGCCCACCAUCUACCGCACCAGCAGCCUGAAGGGAGCCGUCACGCUCACCAUCCUGCUGGGAGUCUUCUUCAUCUGCUGGGGGCCCUUCUUCUUCCACCUCAUCCUCAUUGUCACCUGCCCCACCAACCCUUUCUGCACCUGCUUCUUCAGCUAUUUCAACCUCUUCCUCAUCCUCAUCAUCUGCAAUUCGGUGGUCGAUCCCCUGAUCUACGCAUUCCGGAGCCAGGAGCUCCGGCGGACGCUGCGGGAGGUGGUGCUGUGCUCCUGCCCGCGCUGGGGACACCUGCGGACAGAUCGCUGCUCGACAGCAGCAAUGCAAGCACCGGUUCCGGCACCACCGCCAUGGGGGAAUCCGGCGGCCCCCGAGGGGCUGCACGGGAGGGUGGGGGCUGCGGAGCGCGACUACCGCGGGACAAAGGCGGCUCCGAACGCCAUCGCCUUUGUUCUCCGGCAGCGCACGCUGCGGUCCGCGGGGCUCCGGGACACCGCACCCUCCCCCGGAGCGAAUCGGACCGGGCCGGGUCGGGUCGGGUCGGGCGAGGCUGGGCGGGGCGGCGGCGGCGCCGGUGCCGCAGGGGCAGUUGCAGCGCUGCGGCGACGGCCGCUGAUUGGCGGCGGAGCGACGGUGACGUCAGCGCCCGGCCCGGUGCGGCGCGGGGCGGCUAUAAAGGCGGCGGCGGCGGCGGAACCGCCCCCCGCGCUCCCGGUGCCGCUCCGCUUUCGGUGCCGCUCCGCUCCCGACCCGCUUCGGUCCGGCCGCACCAUGAGGGAGAUCGUCCACAUCCAAGCGGGGCAGUGCGGCAACCAGAUCGGCGCCAAGCAUGGCAUAGACCCCAGCGGCAACUACGUGGGCGACUCCGACCUGCAGCUGGAGCGAAUCAGCGUCUACUACAAUGAGGCCUCCUCUCACAAGUACGUGCCUCGCGCCAUCCUGGUGGAUCUGGAGCCGGGCACAAUGGACAGCGUGCGCUCAGGUGCCUUUGGGCACCUCUUCCGCCCCGACAACUUCAUUUUCGGUCAAAGCGGGGCUGGCAACAACUGGGCCAAGGGGCACUACACGGAGGGGGCUGAGCUGGUGGACUCGGUGCUGGACGUGGUGCGAAAGGAGUGUGAGAACUGCGACUGCCUGCAGGGCUUCCAGCUGACCCACUCCCUGGGUGGGGGCACGGGCUCAGGCAUGGGCACGCUGCUGAUCAGCAAGGUGCGUGAGGAGUAUCCCGACCGCAUCAUGAACACUUUCAGCGUGGUGCCAUCCCCCAAGGUGUCAGAUACGGUGGUGGAACCCUACAACGCCACGCUCUCCAUCCAUCAACUGGUGGAGAACACGGAUGAGACCUACUGCAUCGACAACGAGGCACUAUAUGACAUCUGCUUCCGCACACUCAAGUUGGCCACCCCCACCUAUGGAGACCUCAACCACCUCGUCUCGGCCACCAUGAGCGGCGUCACCACCUCGCUGCGCUUCCCCGGGCAGCUCAAUGCUGACCUGCGCAAGCUGGCUGUCAAUAUGGUGCCCUUCCCACGCCUUCACUUCUUCAUGCCUGGCUUUGCCCCGCUGACAGCACGUGGCAGCCAGCAGUACCGCGCCCUCACCGUCCCUGAGCUCACCCAGCAGAUGUUUGAUGCCAAGAACAUGAUGGCUGCUUGCGAUCCGCGCCACGGCCGCUACCUCACCGUGGCCACUGUCUUCCGCGGCCGUAUGUCCAUGAAGGAGGUGGACGAGCAGAUGCUGGCCAUCCAGAGCAAGAACAGCUCCUACUUCGUGGAGUGGAUCCCCAACAACGUCAAAGUUGCAGUGUGUGACAUCCCACCCCGCGGCCUCAAGAUGUCCUCCACCUUCAUCGGCAACAGCACGGCCAUCCAGGAGCUCUUCAAGCGCAUCUCGGAGCAGUUCACCGCCAUGUUCCGCCGCAAGGCCUUCCUGCAUUGGUACACGGGGGAGGGAAUGGACGAGAUGGAGUUCACCGAGGCUGAGAGCAACAUGAACGACCUGGUGUCAGAGUACCAGCAGUACCAGGAUGCCACGGCCGAGGAGGAGGGCGAGAUGUACGAGGAUGAUGAGGAGGAGUCGGAGGCACAGGGCGCCAAGUGAUGGCCCCGCACUCGCUGCUUUGGGGGGGCCCUGGCCUCACCCCUUGGUGUCUGCUCCCCUCAGCCCCACGUUAGCUCAACCCUUCCUGUGCCCCCUCCCUAUGGCCUCCCCCUUUCCCCUUUUUUCGUUUUUUACUGUUUGUGUCUCAUGUUUUUUUUGAAUACUCAAUAAAUUUAUGGCUGUCCGGUUACUCCUGGCUCUGGUUUCUGGUAUGAGGGGUGUGAGGGCUCAUACAGGGAGGGGGAGUGAAGGGGCAGCAGGAGGAGGGCAUAAUAUUCCCUUUUUAAACCCAUAAAGGAAGGGAAAUUGGGGACCACGAGAUCCCACUGGGGCCAUGCCCAAAUUCUGCUCGUGUAAUACUGAGUGCCACCCCAUGCACUGCUGCAAAGCCCCCCAGGCUCUUCUGUGUCCCCUCCCAUGUGGGCUCUGUCCCCGUCUCCUGCCCCAAGCACUUCAUACGGGCCCAGCAGUGUCCCUGGACCGUGCAGGGCCGUGUUAGGCUCUAAGGAAGCCAGGGACACCCCAACACACAAAGCCUGAGCAAUAUCGGGUCCCCACUAUGGAAGCUUCCCCGCUUCUUUUUCGGUGCUAAAGCGGCUCCCUUGGUCUCUUUUGGGGGCUGGUGAGGCCCCCAUCCCUCUGGGCGCGUAGCGGGGGCUGCAGGACCGCGGUGCUGCACAGAC